AUUCCCCUUCUGCAGUCGAAAAUGUCGAAGCGAGGACGCGGAGGAUCGGCGGGUAACAAGUUUAGGAUGUCGCUGGGUCUGCCAGUGGCGGCUACGGUGAACUGCGCCGACAACACAGGUGCGAAGAACCUGUACAUCAUCUCCGUGAAGGGGAUCAAGGGUCGUCUGAACCGGUUGCCGUCAGCUUGUGUUGGGGAUAUGGUGAUGGCCACCGUGAAGAAGGGGAAGCCGGAUCUUAGGAAGAAGGUGUUGCCUGCUGUCAUUGUGAGGCAGCGCAAGCCCUGGCGCAGAAAGGAUGGCGUUUACAUGUACUUCGAAGAUAAUGCAGGUGUUAUCGUAAAUCCAAAGGGUGAGAUGAAAGGUUCUGCCAUCACUGGUCCAAUUGGGAAGGAGUGUGCUGAUUUGUGGCCAAGGAUUGCAAGUGCUGCCAAUGCCAUUGUUUAAGCUUUCCAGCUUGUGACACUCUGUUCUUUGCAUUGUUCAGAUCAUACUCUGACUGAAAUUUUGCAAUAACUAUUAGCUUCUGCUUGCUUGGUUUGUUAUUUUAAUGGGUUUUGACUGGAUAAAUUUCAAAACUUUAAAAAUGCAAUGUAACUUAUGGAUAUAAUCUCUCCUGUUUUCAUUAAAUAUCAAUGUGCUUG